AAAACACAAUUUCAAACCGCCUCAUUUGUUUACGAAUGUACACCUAUUUCAGUGACCUGGAGGCUUAGCUAAAUAUGUAAUUAUCCACAACUGUGUGGUUUAGUUCAUUGGUUUGUCGAAUAAAAAAAAAAACUUUUAUAAUCAUGCUUCAUGAUUUGUGAAUGUGAUUUUCAGAGAAAGAGAGCCUUUUGGUUUGGUUUUAGCAGGUGGGGUGUUUUUUCUUUUUGGGCUUUGUUAAUGGCAGAUAGAGUUGGUAUACUGGUUAAAGCAUUUGCUGAAGAGAAGCAGGGAGUUUGAUGUGCUGUUGGCCUUGGCUUUUGUUCAGUGCAGAUUGGGACUGCUCAGUAGCUCUUGAUAAGCUUUUGCUUAUCUUGGGUUUCUUUUGUUGGCUUAGUACCACAGGUGAUUCUCGAGUUAUUUAUGGUAACUUCUCUGUUGGUUCUUGGCUCUUUAGUAGUUAUUGAUUGGAUGUUUUAAGCAGUUUUCAUGUGUUUUCGAGACAGAAGAUGAAAUCUUUGAGUAGCGUAGGACUUGGUUUGAGUAUAGUUUUUGGUUGCCUUUUAUUGGCCCUUGUUGCUGAGCUUUACUACUUGUUAUGGUGGAAGAAAAGGUUUGCUAACAAAGAGAUUGGAGAUGAUUACAGCAGCCCAGCGAGAGAGCUCUUCUUUAUGUUCUGUUUAAGAAAGCCAUCUUCUUUAAGGCACAAUCAAGAACUAUGUUCAUCAGUGAGAAUAACAGAUGCACUUGUCCAACACGAGCAAGAAUCCCAGCUCAAUAUUAAUACAAGCAAAGAUAUAUUGCUCCGGCCCUGGAGUGAUGAUAAUGUGGAGACAGAGCUCAUGAGGCUGCAUAGUCUCUCAGGUCCACCAAGAUUUCUCUUUACAAUUGUUGAAGAAACAAAGGAGGACUUAGAGUCUGAAGAUGGCAGGUCUAGAGGUGAUCCUAAGAGUGCGAAAGGAUCAAGAAGUAGAAGCUUAAGUGAUUUGCUUCGUACUGUGGAGACUCCAUAUCUAACCCCUCUUUCUUCUCCACCAUUUUUCACACCUCCUCUUACUCCUAGCUAUAAUCAGAUUGGAUUCAAUCAUCUCUUUGAAUCGUCAAAAGAUGCAGAGUUCAAUAAGAUAAGAUCAUCACCACCUCCAAAAUUCAAGUUCUUACAGGAUGCGGAUGAGAAACUACAUAGAAGGAAAUUGAUGCAAGAAGCAGGGGAGAAGGUCCAAAGGCAUGAUGUUUUUGCUCAGGAUCAUACCAAAAUACCUGCUAGUUCAAAUUCACACAAAGAUGAGGAUGAUGGGCCUUUUAUCACCAUCAUUAUUGACAGGAACAAAGAAAGAGAGCUUAAUGAACAAAAUCAUCAACUACCAGACUACCAGUCAAGCACUUCCCAGGUACUUCCUCUUGCUACUUCACCUUCAACAUCAAAAUCAGCAGCCAAGAAAAGUUCCUUCUUUCAUUAGAUCUCCGUGAUCAAGUAAAACGAGAUAGUUUUUUUUUUUCCCCAUGUAUUUCUAUUAACCAACUUUAGUCUUCUUUUUAGGAGUUCUUUUUCUUUAAUCUUUUUAUGGGAUGGUGUUAGAAGGUUAACCUUGCCAAACCCUUUUGCAAUGUCUGAAAAAUCUUCGGGUGGGUGGGGGAGUUGGACACACUCUCUGCAGUAUAAUGUUAAAAGUUGGACAAGUGCAAGUGGGGGUCUUGAGGGAGUGAUCUGUUGUCUUCACUCUUCAUGAAUCUCUGAGCUGUCUGAUAUCUGUAAUCAUUCUGGUGAGUGGUGGUACUACUGAUGUUUUUGUCCAAAAGGCACUGUAAGAAUUCUUUCAAGACCAUUCACUUCUUUAUUUA